AUGACACAACAACUACGACUCUCUGACGGGCGCGUCCUUGACUACAAGAUCUCCGGGGCGCAAGAUGGCUUCCCACUUCUGUGGAUUCACGGCACACCAGGUGCAUACACCGUGUUUUCCGACUUGGAGGGUAUGUGCAGAGAAAAAGGCGUGAAGCUCAUUACCAUGUCAAGAGCCGGCUAUGGUAGCUCGACCAGGCAAAGAGGGAGAUGUAUUGUUGACGUGGUGCCGGACUUGAAACAGCUCACUGAGCAUCUCAAUAUCAAGAGGUGCUUCGUGGCGGGUUGGAGCGGCGGCGGACCGCACGCCCUUGCUUGCGCGGCCGGAUUGCCCGGAUGUGUCGCUACUCUGGUAAUUGCUGGGGUUGGUCCCUGGAAUGUUGAAGAUCUGGAUUUUCUGAAUGGCCAAGGCGAAGAUAAUGUCAAUGAGUUUAAUGCCGCCCUUCAAGGAGAAGAUGCAAUUCGUCAGUUCUGUGAAGGUGAGCGGCCUGGAAUGAUAAAGGGUGAUGCGAGUGACCUCGUCGCAGCCAUGUCUAGCAUCCUCCCGGACGUGGACAAAAAAGCCCUUCUGGAAAACGACACGCUUGGCCAGUUUCUAGUGGAUAAUAUUCGAGAAGGCCUCAAAAUUAACUCAGAUGGGUGGAUCGAUGACGACUUGGCCUUUAUUCAGCCGUGGGGUUUUGACUUGAAUGAGAUCAAGGUGCCCGUCUUGCUGUAUCAAGGAAGCGAAGACAAGAUGGUUCCGUUUGCUCAUGGAGAAUGGCUUGCGAAACACAUCCCUUCCGAGUUUUGCAAAGCUCACCUAUUGCAGGGUCAGGGACAUAUUUCUAUCGUUUUGGGUCAGUUGGAGGCUAUGCUGGAUGGUUUGUUGCAAUACCGAUGA